AUGGUUGAAUUCGAUGUCCACAAUUUGCAGAAGAUAAAGAUGUUUGUGCAUAUUGCACAGGCAGUCUUCAUUCUUGUUGCUUGGGCCAUGGAAAUAGCAGUCUUCAAAGGAGCAGAGAAAAUAGACGGAAGGCCGGGGUGGUACUUCGGACUGUGUUUUCUGUCGGUACCUGCAAUCAUAUAUCUCACAAUGACGCCUCGAUUCCCUCGCACCCGCAAGCUAGCAAAUCCCUACGCAAUGGCAUGUGUCGAUGGCCUCUUCUUCAUCCUUUGGAUAUCCGCAUUCGCAUCACAAGCAAGUUUCAACUCGAGCGGGAAAUGCAAAGGAGCAUGUGGGAUCAGCAAGGCUGUAGUUGGACUGGGAGUUUUCAUCUGGCUCUUCUGGGCCGUAACAACAUUCAUGUCCCUCUACGGAGUUUUCUACUACAAACGUGAAGGCUACCUUCCAGGAGCAUCCCGAGCACCUUUCAAUGCCCAGCAAAUCGAUCCAGACAAGGAAGCAUUCUCGACUGCUCCCCACGAUGACGAGUACGCCCCUGUUCACAACACCGACGAUCACGAACUCCCUGAUCACGAGAGCAGCACAUAUGGGGGAUCUUCGAGCAAUCCGUACGAUGCGAAUAGCUAUGGAGGAGGAUAUGUACCACCAACCGUCCAUGAUGAGCCAACUGGAUAUACAGGAUAUAGUGGUGCAGCACCAGUGAAUAGUUCGUUAUCAGGAAGAGUCCAAUUCCCGGAAGCAAGAUAUAGCAAUGUAUAA